AUGGCAAACGACCUACAAUAUGUGAUCACCCUACCGGAAGCCGACGAAAUCAUGAGCGCACAGAGUGAAGAAAGUGUGGAAGGAUAUACCGUGGAAAAUAUCGAACUGGAGUAUGAGUCCAUCGACAACAUCGAGCUUGCAAGAAAAGCAGAAAACCUGUACGGAUCCGAUCGUGAUCUGUCCUUCGAACAUGCCAUCCUAAUGAAGAAGACGGAAUGGAGCAGGGACACCACUAUCAUCAACGAAAUGAUCAACGUACCACGCAGAAGUAUGAAAGCCAUCGUCAUGCUAUUCACAAACAAGACAAGGACAGGCAGUAAGGAAUAUGCCAACCCCAACAUUGAAAAGGUCAGGGUAACCGAGGAAUGUGUUCCUAAUGCAGUCUAUAGCCAAGGUAUCCCUAAAACAAGGCUAUAUGAAGAGGCAAGGCGACUGUUUGGUACUGACGAAAUCAGUCAUCAGACACUAACAAGCUUCUUCAAAGACAAAAAGUUCGCACUGGUCAUCGAUCUCAGAACCGUAAACGACUCCAACACAUACGGAAACGGUGCAAUAAUCCAGAACACCCAGUCCGGAAUACUGGUUGAAAUCACGAAAAAAGCUACAACUGCAAACCUUGUAUGUUAUAUGUUCGUCCUUUCCGAUGGUGUUAUCAGAAUCGCAAACGGUCAACAAGCUGGAGUAAAGUACUAA